GCAAGCCCCUUGCAUUCGUCCACUCUAUCCUUUUCAGUCGUCCUUUCUUCAACCUCAGCAUUCUAUUCGCUCCUCAUUGGUCAUCCCUCAUUUGUCCACCUGCACCCUAAAGAUCAUCCUUCCUGGUCGCUCUCCUCCUUACCAUUCUCCUCGCCUGUUAUCCCUCCCCACUCAUACCUCCUCGCAGCAUCUCUACCGCCAGUCAUCAAGGGAGCUGCGGCGGCUGGACAGUGCAGCGCGCUCGCCUGUGUACGCUGCAUUCUCGCAGCUGCUGCACGGCGCCCCCACCAUCCGCGCCUUCCAUGCCCAGGUGGGUUCUGUGAGUUCCACGCCCAGGUGUCAAAACCAGUGCAGCGCGCUCCCCCUGGAUUAA